AUGGAUGUUAGCGAUGCAGUCACUGAGGAUCUGUCGCUCAAUCGAGCGCAGAAAAACCUUCGACGAGAAGGCGGUCUCCCCCAUGCCGUCGGCGUCGUCGUCGGCGAUGGCGUCGCAGGCUCGCAGCAUCCCCCGCCGCGGCAGGAGCUUGACCUCGACGCGUUCCUCCCCUCCUCUCCAACCUCCUCCGCGGCCUCCGAUGCCGACGCCGACCACCGCCGCGCCGUCGACGACCUCCUGCUGCUCCUCUCCUCGUCGGACUCCGACUCCGAGGAGUCCACCCCCACCGCCAGCACCAGAAUCCGAGCCCCAGCCCGCGUACAAGCCCCGGCGCCGCCCGCUGAGCCCUCGCCGCUGCGUUCCCCGUCCGCGUCCUCGUCCCCGUCCCCGAGGAGAUCCACAUCCGCCUCGCCGUCGGAGACCCUCUCCUCCCUCGUCGCGAGAACCUUCUCCAGCAACGGCGCCUCCUCUUCCUCGUCGAAGCCACUGCCCUCGCUCUUCCGCGGCGUCCGCCCCAGCCCCAAGCCCGGCGCCGCGCUGGCCGCCGCUGCCGCGGCAUCCCGCGCGGUCCUUACCCCGCACGCGGCUGCAAUCAAGUCCCGCCGAUCAGCCUCGGCGCCCAUCGGGAAGCUCCUGGAGGAGGGCAGUGGCUCCGAGGCUUCCGAGGAGCUCCCUUCCACUGGAAGCUUGGAAGCAGAGGUAGAAGAAAAGGGGAACUCGGAAGUGGUUCCUGAACCAACAGAGCAGACUGUCAGCGGGAAUGUGACUGAUGAAUUUGAAGACGAGAAACAUGGAAAAGUGGAAAUUGAAGAGAGCUCUGAGUCUAUGAAGCUGGUGGAGGCGAGUACCCUUGAUUCUGUAGUCCCUGACGAUUUCAGCGAGUAUGAGCAAACGGCUGAAAAUGGCAAUUUGGUGGAAACCGACAAAAUUGAGAAUAAAAAUGUGGUUGUCUAUGAGGGGAAUGCAAAUGACCAAACUGGAGAUGAUGAUUAUAUGCAAUCAGCUCAAGGUAUGGAUCCAGCUGGAUCUGUUUCCGAGGAAAGUUUUGAUGAUGACCAGGAAGCUGACAGGUCCGACGAAGAGCAAGUGGAAUCUGAGAGUUUAAUUGAUAAGGUGAUUGAGGAGAGGAUGGAGCAGCUGGAGAUCGGCAGGAAGGCUGAGAAGAAUACAGAGAAGAAGCAGAAGGUGUCAAUGAAACCGUUGGAGUGGGCAGAGGAGCUUGAGAAGAGGCAGGCCUCGUUUGGUCAACACUGGGAAGGAGCAGCUGCGCAACCCAUGCAAUUAGAGGGGAUUGGAAAGGGCCCACCAGCUAUUGGUUAUAUGCAAAUUGAGAUGGACAACCCAGUAACUCGUGCCAUGUCCUCACCGUCAUUUAGGCCGGACCAUGGUUCUCCCCAGGUGCUGGCAGUUCAUAGGAGCUAUAUAGCGAUGGGUACGUCUAAAGGUGCUGUCAUUGUCAUUCCAAGCAAAUACUCCAUUCAUCAAGCUGAUGAUACAGACGCAAAGAUGCUGUUCUUUUGGAACCAAGGUGAGAAGACUCAAUCACCAGUGACUGCCAUGUGCUUUAACCAGCAAGGGGAUCUUCUACUAGUAGGAUAUGCUGAUGGUCAUAUGACAAUUUGGGACGUACAGAAAGCCACAGCAGCAAAAGUCAUAUAUGCGACUUUUUGAUGGAAAUACUGGAAUUGUGCUCUCAGCCUGUCCUCUUCUAGUGGAUGAAUCCUUUGGUUUUAGCAACUCAUCUGCCCAGGCAAACCAAACAACUUCCUCCAGUGGUAGUGGUCUUGGCAGCAUGAUGGGUGGUGUUGUUGGAGGUGUAGUUGGAGUAGAUUCUGGAUGGAAGUUUUUCAACGAAAGCUCCUCUACAGUGGAGGAUGGUGUUGUGGUCAUGUUUAUUAUGUAUCAGCAUGCUCUUGUGACUCCGUACCAAUAUUGACCAUGUUGACCAUAUUGAGACCUUCUCUAGACCAGAUGGAGCACAAGAGGGCUCCAUCGCUUAUGCUGCAUGGAAGUACACAUCAUCCUUCAGUGAUUCAUCAUCAUUAGAUGAAGAACGAGUAUCAUGGCUUGCACUUGCAUGGGACCGUCAAGUGCAAGUGGCAGAAUUUGUUAAAUCAAAGAUAGUUAAACACAAGGAAUGGAAGCUUGAUAGUGCAGCUAUUGGUGUUGCCUGGUUAGAUGACCAGAUGUUAGUUGUCCUUAAUGUGAGAGGACAGCUCUGUUUGUUCUCUAAAGAUGGCAGUGAGCUUCGCAGAACUACCUUUGUUCCGGAUGGCCUUCUGUUUGAUGACACUAUAUUGCACCACGUACACAUCGGUGCAGAAGGAUUAUGAAGACCUGGAGGGAGCCGCCGUGGCCGCGUGCCAAGAACUCAUCAUGGUGCGAGGGCGGCUCAUCUGGCAGCUCGCUGGCCAGUCGCAUGAGGUCCUUGGGCGGUCGGGUGACUGAGCGUCUCAAGGGCGCCCUCUGCCUCGGCGUUCAGAAGGCCCUCGGCAUGGUGUCGACACACUACAUCGUCAACCUCGAGCAGGUGGCCACGGGCUAUGUCGUCCCCGACGACGAUGAAGACACCGCUGUUGCUGCUAUGGAGCAAGCCGAUGCAGCCGCAGAGGGCGCCGCUUCCGUCUUGGCCAAGGUUUUUGAAGGCGACCUCCCCGACGUCGAGGGUGACGAAGACGAGGGUCCGCGGGACGAGGAGGGUGAUCUGUAGGCAGUCUGGGCUGUGGAGCCCAUGUAAAUAAAUUAGUAUUUUGUUUUAAUCGUCUUUCCAUAUAAGAAAACAAAGAAGUAAUCUUAA